UAGAUUACAGUCACAUGCAUUAGUUGUUUUGAUUCCUGCUUUUAGGAUUUUACGUCUCACAGCCCUGGGAUCAACAACAUUUCAAACCAGAUGUCAUGCAAUAGUCACCACGUUGCCUACUAGCCAACUUCUAACCAAGGCAAAAAAAAGAUUUCACACCAAUGAAAGGUGAACCAGGCUCCACGUCCUAGAUAGACAUGUUGCGGUGGAUACUCGGCGGGCGCGAUGCACAGGGAGCUGUCGAGAAAAGCCCCGCGCUGUUCAUUGGGGAGGAACAGCCCAAAAACCGGUUCACUGAGCUCCAGGUGCUGAAAGGACAUUUUGACAUUGUUCGAUUUCUGGUGCAGAUUGAUGACUUCAGGUGUGCCUCCGCAGGGGAUGAUGGCAUGGUACUGGUGUGGAAUAUUGAGACAGGAGAGCGUCUGCUGGAGUUGAGAAGUCACUCCCAGCAGAUCACAGCGAUGACGGCCUACACCUGUGCCCGUGGAGACACGACACACACCUGUCUCAUCACCGCCUCGUCUGACCGCACCCUCAGUCUGUGGGACCCAGACACAGGCCACAGGGUCCAGACCAUCUCAGACCUGCAGUCUUCUGUCAAGUGUCUGCUGGUACUGGAGCGUCUGUGUGUGUGGGUCUCCGGGGCCAACGAGCUGUGCGUGUGGAACAGAGAUUUCCACCUGCAGUGCCAGAGCCAGCACCACAACGAUGCAGGAAUCACUGCCAUGAUCGACCUACCGAAGAACUGUAUAGCAGCCGCCAUGGAUAAAGAGAUUGUCAUCUUCAGACUGAUGGUGUCUACUGAGUCCACUCUGUCCAUAACAGAGUUCCGCCGUCUGACCGACCACCAGGACAGCAUCCACGCUCUUAUCAACGUAAACGAUGGCUUGUUCGCCAGUGGCUCCCAUGUGGGUGAGCUCAUUGUGUGGGACGCGGUUGAUUGGACGAUCACAGCUUACGAGCACAUCUUGUGGGAGGAGUCAGUGGUUGAAUCCCAGACUGAGAUCCGAUUGGCCGCACCGAAACCCAGUGAGAUGUCCAUCCAGCACCUGACCUCAAAUGGAAAGCUGAUCCUGGCAGCAGUAGGCAGUGGGUUGUAUGUGUAUAACGUCCUGACCAAGAGUGUGCUGGCCUACAGGAAGACGGCCCACGACUCCAAUGUACUCCACACCUCCCUGCUGCCUGACGGGGGGCUGAUGUCAUGCUCCGAGGACGGCAGUGUGAGGAUGUGGGAGAUGCAGGACCUGCCGUUGCCUGCAGAACCUGCCUCCGCAGGGUUCUUUGGGAUGUGGUCGUUCGGGAGGUCUGGUAAGCAAGCGGGCCCUCCUGUGAAGAAGGUGGAGUUUCCCAGCAUCCAAACCCUCGAGCUGACCGGCGAUCUGAUUGGACACUCCGGAGCUGUCCAGAUGUUUGUGAGCUUCGGAGAGAAGGGACUGGUGACGUGCUCCACAGACACGCUGCUGAUCGCGUGGAGGAACGGAGAGAGGCAGUCCCGCCUGCGCAGCCUGGCCCUGUUUCAGAAGCUGGAUGAGAACGGAGGGCUCUGACAGCACCCCUCCAGACCCCCAAACGGCCCAGUCCAAACCCCUGUCUAAUCUACAGGCACCUGUCCAAUCUACAGACACCUGUAUAAUCCACAGACACCUGUCUAAUCCAGACACCUGUCUAAUCACAGACACCUGUCUAAUCCACAGACACCUGUCUAAUCCAGACACCUGUCUAAUCACAGACACCUGUCUAAUCCACAGGCACCUGUCUAAUCCACAGGCACCUGUCUAAUCUACAGACACCUGUCUAAUCUACAGACACCUGUCUAAUCCACAGACGCCAGUCCAGUCUAGAGUCCCCAGAGUCUGAAGAGAGAUUAGCAUCUGAUAGUCACACUAAUCCACCACUUCCUUAUUUAUUAUCCCGACCUGUCACCAUGAGUUUUAUAACGUUUUAUGGUUUUACAGUAAACGGAAUGCCUCUAAGCGCCAAGUGUUCUUACGGUUUGAUGUAUAAGUAUUUCAAUGUUAUGGUGUGCGGAAAGUGUCGAGUGUAUGAUGUAUGAUGUGAUUUUAUGCUUUUGUCAAAGGUUAAUUGUUGUUGUGCCAAAAGGUGUUAUGCAUGUGUGUCUGGUCAGUUUUCAUUGUGAAUUUACAUAUAGGCCUGUGUGGAUUUUAAGUGAGCUUAUUUAGUUGACAGAUUCUAUUUUCCAUUUUGUACUCUUUAUUUUAAAACCCGGUGUUUUUACGGCACUGCCACAACAGUUUGACAGAUACUAACUGUGGUUUACGACUUUGAAGGUUCGAAACAAAAGGUAAUUUGUGAUUUUAAACUUGUAUAGGAUUUUGGGAUUGAUGGAGAAACGUACGGGAAUCUGAAAUUGCAAAUUACUGGACGAAUAAAAACUUGCAUUCAAAAUCUA